UCUAGGUGUUACACAUCAAUUGUGUGGGGUUUGGUCUUUUUUCUUUGCUGAGCAGUUUUCGUCCAAUCAUACUCUUGCAUGCAAAUAUACCAUAGCCUGUUCAGAUAAAAAGGCACAAUUAAAUCUAAGUGCUCAGUCAGGGCAAAUAUCACUGAACUUUUCUAAAACCUCCCUGCACCUGUGUUUCAGGAACUAAUCAAAACAUGUCAACUGAAAAAAAGAAAUCGGAUUCCAGUUCCGCUCCAACUCCCCCGGCUUUGCCUGCGCCCCUCAGUGAUUUGAAGAUUAAAUAUACUAAGAUAUUUAUAAACAAUGAAUGGCAUGAUUCAGCUAGUGGCAAAAAAUUCUCAGUCCUUAACCCUGCAACUGGAGAGAAAAUUUGUGAUGUGGAAGAAGGAGAUAAGGAAGAUGUUGACAAAGCUGUUAAAGCAGCAAGGAAGGCUUUUGAGCUUGGGUCCUGCUGGCGAACAAUGGAUGCUUCAGAAAGGGGAAGGCUCUUGAACAAACUAGCUGAUUUGAUUGAAAGGGAUCGCCUCCUCUUAGCUACAAUCGAGAGCAUUAAUGGGGGAAAGCUUUUUGCCAACUCUUACCUACUUGACCUCGGGGGCUGCGUCAACACUUUACGCUACUGUGCAGGCUGGGCUGAUAAAAACCAUGGACGUACCAUCCCAAUGGAUGGAAACUAUUUCACCUUUACAAGACAUGAGCCUGUUGGAGUCUGUGGCCAAAUCAUUCCUUGGAACUUCCCGCUGGUUAUGUUCAUUUGGAAGAUCGCCCCUGCUCUCUGUUGCGGAAACACAGUGGUCGUCAAACCAGCCGAGCAAACUCCGUUGACUGCUCUUCAUAUGGGCUCGUUAAUUAAAGAGGCAGGAUUUCCACCUGGAGUAGUGAAUAUUGUGCCAGGGUAUGGACCCACUGCUGGAGCGGCCAUUUCCCAUCACAUGGACGUAGAUAAAGUGGCGUUCACAGGCUCUACUGAGGUUGGCAAGAUGAUCAAAGAGGCUGCUGGAAAGAGCAAUCUGAAGAGGGUCACCUUGGAACUUGGAGGGAAAAGCCCCAAUAUCAUAUUUGCGGAUGCUGAUUUGGACAGUGCAGUGGAGUUUGCCCACAUUGGCCUGUUUCACCAUCAGGGGCAGUGCUGCAUCGCUGGAUCGAGGAUUUUUGUAGAGGAGAAGAUCUACGAUGAAUUUGUGCGCAGGAGUGUGGAGAGAGCUAAGAAAAAUGUGCUUGGCAAUCCUCUGACACCUGGAGUACACCAAGGCCCGCAGAUUGAUAAGGAGCAGUAUGAUAGAAUCCUCACGCUAAUUGAGAGUGGGAAAAAAGAGGGAGCCAAGCUGGAAUGCGGAGGAGGCCCGUGGGGAGACAAAGGCUUCUUCAUCCAGCCUACGGUUUUCUCCAACGUUACAGACGACAUGCGCAUUGCCAAAGAGGAGAUAUUUGGGCCAGUCCAACAGAUCAUGAAGUUCAAAACUAUAGAUGAAGUGAUCAAGAGAGCAAACAAUACUCACUAUGGUCUAGCAGCUGCAGUGUUUACCAAAGACAUUGAUAAAGCUCUGACAUUUGCAGCUGCCCUUCAGGCUGGAACUGUCUGGGUUAACUGCUAUAGUAUAAUGUCUGCUCAAUGUCCUUUUGGAGGAUUCAAAAUGUCAGGAAACGGGAGAGAGCUGGGAGAGUAUGGCCUUCACGAGUAUACAGAAGUCAAGACGGUCACAAUCAAAAUUCCGCAGAAAAAUUCAUAAUGUCACUGCAGGGCACGGGGAUGCGACAAAGUCAAAUACUAAGCAAAAUGGCAAAGACCAGCUAUAUUGCAAAAAGUUUUCUAGCAGAAGUUUUCAUUUAAAUUUGGAUUGUUGUUUUCUUUCUAUCUGUCAAAACAAAUGCUUUUAACAAAUAUUAACUGUCAUUUAGAAAAUCUUGAAUCUGUUUAACUGAGAAAGGGAAACCUUAAUGCCAGAACCUAAUUAACAUGGUUUGAAUCUUAUUGGGGAAAAAAUGUAAUUUCCCCCUAUUUCAAUUAAUCUGUAGUGCUGUGGAAAAUACAUUGUUAACACAUAAUAUUGACACAAUUCGGUUUAGUAUGCUGUUGCACAGUUUUUAGCUGUCUUUCUUUCCUUUGUUGUGAGCUUGGCAAAAUAUGGCUAUCAAAUAUAUACUUUGUUAUCAGGGAAAAUUAUUAGCAAUCUGUUACAUGUUGUAGCUUUGAAUCUGUUCAUGUUAACUUCUGUACAGAUGUAAACUUUAUUAAAAUCUAUGCUUUAAACUGUU